UCCUCUCUCUCUCUUGUUUUUCUUUCUCCGUUUCUCUCUCUCUUUCUUUCUUCCUCAGUCGAACCCUUCAUGGGAGAGAGAGGGAGUGGAGGAGGGGGGUGCGAUCGAUGGUGGCCGACGGUGAUGGUGUGGUUGGAGUGGUCGGGCGAUGGAGGCAUGGCCAGGGCGGCCGGCGGCUUGGUUGCACAUGGGGAAGCCGAGAGAAAAGAGAAGAGGGGUACUCUCCCUUAUUGCCAUGGAACCGACACUUAGGGCCAAGAAGAAGAGAAGGGAAAGGAGUAGGCUUAUCAACGGCAACAGGAGGUGGCUGGCAGGGCUGAUUCCGGCAGGGUAUCUUUUCGGAACUAAAGAGAUAGAGAAGAUUUGGGAGGAAGAGGGUUUGUGGGUGACGGCGGCUUGAUCGCAGCAAAUCGAUGGCUGCCGGAGGUUAGGAAGAAGGAGAGGGAUGGUUUUCAGUGGUGGAUAGAGAGGAGAGGUGGGGUUUAAAAAAGAAGUAGAAUGGAAGAAGAUAAGCUGGAUGGAUCCAUGGAUAAGGCUGGCAUAAUCCAUUUAAAUGCCCAUUGGCCAUCCUUCACUGGCACACAUCUUUCAUCCGAUCGCUCUCGUAGCCUCAACCUCUCCCACGGCCAUGGAUUAGCAAAGGAGAUGUUCCCUUGUUUCACUCGAAUACGGCUUCGUUCCUUCCCUCCCUGCAUCUCCUUCUUUGUUUUUUUUGUCUUCAGUCCCGAUGAAGUCGGCAAGAAGUGCCCACUUCAGGGUGAACUGGGUCCAACGAGAUCGGUUCUCACAUCAUCAGCUUUGCUGUUCCAUCAUCACAAGUUGGCUUCUAGUAUUAGCGAUGUCUGUUCGAGUACUGGUGUUAUGAUGCAGAGGGGUUCUGCUGAUCCUUAUAUCUUAUCAGGAGUUAUCAUUCCAAUGGUAUCAUACGACCGUAGCAAGAUGCUACUAAUGCCUCAUACUAUGACAUUGUGGAUCUCUUUUGUUUCAUGCUAUCUAAUUGCCAUGAUGCUAGCUUUGCACUUAAUGUCUUAUGUAUUUAUUGGCCUAUUCAAUGGUUGCAUCGCACUACUUCAGUUAUUGUCCUUAAUCAACUUGUCAGUAUCUUUGGACUGGUUGUUCUCUCUUCUGCCAUUAUCAAUGAGGAGUUCCAUUUAUUUCUCCAAGAGCCUGCUGACAACUUUUAAGAUCAUAUGGUUUUUCACUCAGUGGGUUUGUUUGCUUGAUUUUGAUAUGCUACUCUAUGCUCUGCAAUAGUUGCUCUGCCGUAAUACAAAGCUUCAAGAAUUGAGCAACUCUUGUUCUACACAGCAAUGGAUUUUUGAGUUUCUUGGAGAUGAGAUUGCUUCAUUUCAGUUGUGUUUUGCAUUUUGGAUGAAGAUUUCUUCUGUUCACACAUCUACACAGCUUCUCUCCUUUAUUAUAGUGCCAUACUUGCUGUUCUGUAUAGGUUUUAGUCAAAACUGUUUCUAAACACCUCCUUUUUACAUUCCAUCAUAUAAUUCAUCA